AUGCCGGUGCCGAGAAAGUGCUUUAGUGAAUAUGUCUACAGUUGGAAGUUCAGUGGAAAUGUCAGGGAUAACAAGCCAUUAGACUUUCCCAUUUCCUCUCUUCACCGUAAGCUUCCUCAAGAAGCUAAGAGGAUUUUUCCCUUCUUCAUUCUCUUACCCGUCGGUCCCAAGGCACACGGAGGAGAGAAAACUUCUCUAGUCUCCUUCAUUCACACGAAGAACCCUUCGGCUUCCCCUUUCCCAACCGCGCGACCUCUUCUUCUCCUCAAGCUGAUUCUCCCAUUUCGUAAACCCAGGUUUCCACCGAAAGCCUUCAAGGAAACUUCAUCGUCUUUGAGAUUUUUGGGAUUUCUCUUCCCUUUCGCAUCUGCUGUGUUUCCGUGGCUUGAAAAGGGGAUGAAAUCAGGUAUGAAUGAUGAGGCUGUGGAGCUAGGCACUGCUGAGGAGGGAAGGGUUGAUGCUUAGUACUCCCUGUCUGUUCGGUUUAACGAUGAUGGUUAUAUUUUAUGUUUUAUGAUGGGUCCUAUGUUGGGACGUUUUGUUAGUUGACUUUAAGACAAUAUGUCUUUGGCCUGAUGUAGAUAUUGUGGUAGUAUGAUGGUAAUAGUGUAACUUCUAUAGUGGGGUGAUGGUAACCCCACAUAAGAAGGUUAAACGUAUUUUGGAUUAUGUUGUAGGGACGGAGUCCCCUUUCUAUUGGAACUAGUGAUGUUUUAAGUGAAUGAAUGGUGGACUCUGAGAGUCCUUUGGUAAUA